AUGCCACAGUCCGCCGGUAACGACGAAGUCGCUCUCCCCUCCAGCCCUUUGUCUGGAGGGGCCGUGUCCUACAAUCAGAUCAACAGGGAACUGCAGCCACUCCCAUCAAUGGAGUCAGGAAAUGGAGCCGUCAUUCCGCCUGCUUCUGCCCGAGUAAGAGGCAGCAGCGGCAAGAUGUUCGCCCUCGAACUCGAGGAUGGCACAGUCUACCAGGGCUACAGCUUUGGUGCUGAGAAGAGUGUGGCAGGAGAGUUGGUUUUCCAGACCGGUAUGGUGGGAUACCCGGAGUCGAUCACUGAUCCCUCCUACCGCGGUCAGAUCCUGGUCAUCACUUUCCCUCUGGUGGGCAACUACGGUGUGCCCUCCCGUGAGACCAUGGACGAGCUUCUGAAGACAUUGCCCAAAUAUUUCGAGUCUACAGAGAUCCACGUUGCAGCUCUCGUUGUUGCAACAUACGCCGGAGAGGAUUACUCUCACUUCCUCGCCGAGUCAUCCCUCGGACAAUGGCUCAAGGAGCAGGGCGUCCCCGCCAUGCACGGAGUAGACACCCGUGCUCUGACCAAGCGCAUCCGUGAAAAGGGUAGCAUGCUCGGCCGCAUGAUGCUUUCAAAGUCUGAAAUCGCCGAUGGCGUCGUGGAGGUGACUCUAGGCGACAAAGACAGCUGGAGGUCAUCCUUCGAACAGAUCGAAUGGGUAGACCCCAACAAGAAGAACCUCGUGAGCGAAGUUUCGAUCCGUGAGCCUCGCCUUUUCACACCCCCCGAGAAUGUCGCCCUCAAACACCCGUCUGGCCGCCCAGUUCGCGUCCUUUGCUUGGAUGUGGGUAUGAAGUUCAACCAGCUGCGUUGCUUGCUUGCCCGUGGUGUUGAGGUUCUCGUUGUCCCGUGGGACUACGAUUUCCCCAAGCUUGCCGGCAAGGACUACGAUGGUCUGUUCGUGUCGAACGGUCCCGGUGACCCAGCGAUGCUCUCUGAAACCGUGAACAAUCUAUCCAAGACCCUGGAGGAGGGCAGGACUCCUGUCUUUGGUAUUUGCUUGGGUCACCAGUUGAUUGCUCGUUCCGUUGGUGCCCAGACACUUAAGAUGAAGUUCGGUAACCGCGGUCACAACAUCCCCUGUACCAGCAUGCUGUCGGGCAAGUGCCACAUCACCUCCCAGAAUCACGGUUACGCUGUCGAUUCCUCGACUCUUCCCGAGGGCUGGGAGGAGCUUUUCGUCAACGCAAAUGAUGGCAGCAACGAGGGUAUCCGGCAUGUGAGCCGCCCUUUCUUCAGUGUGCAAUUCCAUCCCGAAAGCACUCCUGGUCCCCGGGACACUGAGUAUCUCUUCGAUGUGUUCAUCAACACUAUCAAGGACACUCUUGCCUCUUCUGAUGCUCUUCAGAAGCCUGUCUCUUUCCCUGGUGGAACAAAGGCCGAGAACAUCAAGACAUCGCCACGUGUCUCUGUCAAGAAGGUUCUGAUCCUGGGAAGUGGUGGCCUCAGCAUUGGUCAGGCUGGAGAAUUCGACUACUCUGGUAGCCAGGCUAUCAAGGCCUUGAAGGAAGAAGGAAUCUACACUAUCCUCAUUAACCCCAAUAUUGCCACUAUCCAGACUUCCAAGGGUCUUGCGGAUAAGGUUUACUUCCUCCCCGUCAACGCGGAUUUUGUGCGCAAGGUCAUCAAGCACGAGCGUCCUGAUGCCAUCUAUGUCACAUUUGGUGGUCAGACCGCCCUCCAAGUCGGUAUCCAGCUCAAGGAUGAGUUCGAAUCCCUUGGCGUCAAGGUCCUUGGUACGCCGAUUGACACCAUCAUCACAACCGAGGACCGUGAGUUCUUUGCGCGAAGCAUGGAGUCCAUCAACGAGAAGUGCGCCAAGUCUGCGUCCGCCUCCAACCUGGAGGAGGCUCUCAGAGUCGUCGAGGAUAUCGGAUUCCCCGUCAUCGUCCGUGCUGCCUAUGCACUCGGAGGUCUUGGCAGUGGUUUCGCUGAUAACAUGGAUCAGUUGAAGGAGCUGUGUACGAAGGCUUUCGCCGUCAGUCCCCAGGUUCUGAUUGAAAAGAGUAUGAAGGGCUGGAAGGAAAUUGAGUACGAGGUCGUCCGUGAUUGCCAGGACAACUGCAUCACUGUCUGCAACAUGGAGAACUUUGAUCCUCUCGGUAUUCACACUGGCGACUCUAUUGUCGUUGCACCUUCGCAGACUCUGUCUGAUGAGGAUUACAAUAUGCUACGUACUACAGCCGUCAAUGUCAUUCGCCACCUUGGUGUUGUCGGAGAGUGCAACAUUCAAUAUGCUUUGAACCCCUUCUCAAAGGAGUACUGCAUCAUCGAGGUCAAUGCUCGUCUGUCCAGAUCUUCUGCCCUUGCGUCCAAGGCCACCGGUUACCCUCUUGCCUUCAUCGCCGCUAAGCUUGGUCUGGGCAUUCCUCUCAACGAGAUCAAGAACUCUGUCACUAAGGUCACCUGUGCCUGCUUCGAGCCGUCCCUGGACUACUGUGUGGUGAAGAUUCCCCGUUGGGAUCUUAAGAAAUUCACCCGUGUGUCGACUCUACUUGGCUCUUCGAUGAAGAGUGUUGGUGAGGUUAUGGCCAUUGGGCGUACCUUCGAGGAAGCGAUUCAGAAAGCCAUUCGCUCCGUUGACUUCCACAACCUAGGGUUCAAUGCAACCAAUGCACUGAUGUCUAUCGAUCAAGAGCUCCAGACGCCUUCAGAUCAACGUCUUUUCGCCAUUGCCAACGCCAUGGCUGCUGGCUACAGCGUCGAUGACAUCUGGAAGCUUACUAGGAUUGAUAAGUGGUUCCUCACCAGACUCAAGCGCUUGAGUGACUUUGGCAAGCUCAUGAACACCUACAAUGCAACUACGGUUCCUCGUCCUCUUCUGCGCGAGGCCAAGCAGCUCGGUUUCUCCGAUCGCCAGCUCGCCAAAUUCCUGAGUUCGAACGAGCUGUCCAUCCGGCGGCUACGUGUUGAAGCUGGCAUUCUCCCCAUUGUCAAGCAGAUUGACACCGUCGCUGCUGAAUUCCCUUCAGUGACCAACUACCUGUACCUCACAUACAAUGCAUCUGCCCAUGAUGUUGCUUUCGACGAUAAUGGUAUCAUGGUCUUGGGCUCUGGUGUCUACAGAAUCGGCUCCUCUGUUGAGUUCGACUGGUGUUCUGUGCGUACCAUUCGGACCCUCCGUCAGCAGGGCCACAAGACUGUCAUGGUCAACUAUAACCCUGAAACUGUCAGUACCGAUUACGAUGAGGCUGACCGGUUGUACUUCGAAAAUAUCAACCUCGAAACCGUUCUGGACAUCUAUCAGCUGGAGUCCUCUAGUGGCGUGGUCAUUUCGAUGGGCGGCCAAACCCCGAACAACAUUGCCCUACCCCUCCACCGCCUCAAUGUCAAGAUUCUGGGUACCUCUCCUGAGAUGAUUGACAGCGCGGAGAAUCGUUACAAGUUCUCUCGCAUGCUUGACCGUAUCGGCGUGGAUCAACCUGCCUGGAAGGAACUUACCAGCAUCGAGGAGGCCAAGGGAUUCUGCGACAAGGUCGGCUACCCAGUGCUUGUCCGGCCCUCCUACGUGCUUUCGGGAGCUGCCAUGAACACCGUCUAUUCCGAGCACGAUCUUGCUUCCUAUCUCAACCAGGCGGCUGAUGUUUCACGCGAACACCCCGUCGUUAUCACCAAGUACAUCGAGAACGCCAAAGAGAUUGAGAUGGAUGCCGUCGCUCGUAACGGUGUCAUGGUCGGACAUUUCAUCUCUGAGCAUGUUGAGAAUGCCGGUGUCCACUCUGGAGAUGCGACCCUGAUCUUGCCCCCUCAGGAUCUUGACCCUGAGACCGUUCGACGUAUCGAAGAAGCCACUGCUAAGAUCGGAAACGCUCUGAAUGUCACUGGUCCCUUCAACAUUCAAUUCAUUGCCAAAGACAACGAUAUCAAGGUCAUUGAGUGCAAUGUCAGAGCUUCUCGUUCAUUCCCCUUCGUGUCGAAGGUCAUGGGCGUCGACCUGAUUGAGAUGGCUACCAAGGCGAUGAUCGGCAAGCCCUUCGCUGAGUACCCUCCAGUGACCAUCCCUAAGAAUUACGUUGGUGUCAAGGUCCCUCAGUUCUCUUUCUCUCGUCUCUCCGGUGCCGACCCAGUUCUGGGCGUUGAGAUGGCUUCUACCGGAGAAGUUGCGUCCUUCGGUCGCGACAAGUACGAAGCUUAUCUGAAGGCUCUGAUCUCCACCGGUUUCCGUCUUCCCAAGAAGAACGUCUUGUUCUCGAUUGGUUCUUACAAGGAGAAGAUGGAGAUGCUGCCAUCUAUCAAGAAGUUGCACCAGUUGGGAUUCAAUCUCUUUGCUACCGCUGGUACUGCCGACUUCCUGAAGGAGAAUGGUGUGCCUGUCAAGUAUCUGGAGGUUCUUCCUGGCCAGGAAGACGAACUGAAGUCCGAGUACUCCCUUACUCAGCACUUGGCGAACAACCUCAUUGACCUUUAUAUCAACUUGCCAUCCAACAACCGCUUCAGACGUCCUGCGAACUACAUGAGUAAAGGUUACCGGACUCGUCGUAUGGCCGUCGACUACCAGACUCCUCUGGUCACCAACGUGAAGAACGCCAAGAUCUUGAUCGAAGCCAUCGCCCGCCACUACGCCCUGAACGUGCAGACCAUUGAUUAUCAGACCAGCCAUCGCACCAUCAUCUUGCCUGGCUUGAUCAACAUAACCGCCUUUGUCCCUGGUCUGGUCACUCCCGGUUCCAAUGACUUUGAGCUUGUCACCAAGGCUUCGAUUGCUGCUGGUUUCAGCAUGAUUCGCGUCAUGCCCGUGGGUGUCGACGCUUCUGUCACGGAUGCUCGCGCCCUCAGAGUUGCCCAGCAGAAUGCUCAGAAGGCUCCCUACUGUGACUUCAACUUCUCCGUUGUGGCGACUUCUACCAACUCCGAGCAGGUCGGCCAAGUCACCGGAGAGGUGGGAUCUCUGUUCAUUCCUUUCAACCAUCUGUCUGGGAACAUCAGCAAGGUCACUGCUGUGACAAACCACUUCUCGGUGUGGCCCUCGAACAAGCCCAUGAUCACCGACGCCAAGUCUACCGAUCUCGCGUCAAUCUUGUUGCUGGCGAGCCUCCACAACCGCAACAUUCACGUCAUGAGCGUCACCUCAAAGGAGGAUAUCAAUCUCAUUGCUCUCAGCAAGGAGAAGGGCCUGAAGGUCACCUGCGACGUCUCGAUCUUCUGUCUCUUCCUCUCUAGAGAAGAUUUCCCCGACUGCAACUUCUUGCCGUCUGCUGAGGACCAGAAGGCCCUGUGGGAGCACAUGAGCACCAUUGAUGUUUUCUCCAUCGGCAGUAUCCCCUUCCAGCUUGCUGGUAAGCAGGCCUCUCCCGUUUCUGGUAUUGCCGAGUCGUUGCCAUUGCUCUUCACCGCUGUGUCAGAGGGUCGCCUUACCGUUGAGGAUAUUGUUUCGCGCCUUUACGAGAACCCCAAGAAGGUCUUCGAGCUUCACGACCAAGCCGACAGUUCUGUUGAGAUCGAAGUUGACCGACCAUACCUCUUCCAGAGCCCGUGCUGGUCUCCCUUCAAUGGCAAGAGCUUGCGGGGUGCUGUUCAACGGGUUACCUUCCAGGGCAAGACCUCUUGCCUCGAUGGUGAAGUGACUCAAGAUGCUCCCAAGGGAACAGAUAUGUCUGGCCAUCGUAUUGUGCCUGCGUCUCCGUCUGUCAAGGCUAUGUCUCCCAUGGUCCAGGCUCGCCCAGAGAGUUCUCUUGACAGAAGACUGUCGAUUUCUGGAACUCCAGGUCGCUCUUUCAAGCCAAGACCCGCUGAGUCGGCCGCGAAUGAGCUCGGUCCUCCUCUGUAUACCCCUGUACAGACUUCCUCCCUGCGCGAUUUGCUGUCGCGGUCGACCUUCAGACAGAAGCAUGUUCUCUCUGUCAACCAGUUCACCCGUGCGGACCUGCACCUGCUCUUCACGGUGGCUCAGGAGAUGCGUCUCGGUGUUCAGCGCCAGGGUGUUCUUGACAUUCUGAAGGGUCGUGUUCUGACCACUCUCUUCUAUGAACCUUCGACCCGCACAUCGGCAUCCUUUGACGCUGCUAUGCAGCGUCUCGGCGGACGGACUAUCGCCAUCUCCACCGAGCACUCUUCUACGAAGAAGGGUGAGACUUUGCAGGAUACCGUCCGCACCCUGGGUUGCUACGGAGAUGCCGUUGUUCUCCGUCAUCCCGACCCCAGCAGCGCUGAGACCGCUGCUAAAUUCUCGCCAGUGCCGGUCAUCAACGGCGGAAAUGGCAGCGUCGAGCACCCCACUCAGGCAUUCCUCGAUCUCUUCACCAUUCGGGAAGAGCUUGGAACUGUCACUGGCUUGACAAUCACCUUCACCGGUGACCUGAGAUACGGACGUACCAUCCACUCUCUCAUCAAGCUGCUCCAGUUCUAUCACGUGCGCAUCCAGCUCGUUGCGCCCAAGGAUCUUUCUCUUCCCGAGGAAGUCCGUCAGACAGUCGUCGCAUCCGGACAGCUGGUGCUCGAGUCUGAGGAGCUGACACCAGAGAUUGUUGCACGCUCCGAUGUCCUGUACUGCACUCGUGUGCAGAAGGAGCGGUUCGCUGAUCUCGAGCAGUACGAGCGUCUUAAGAACAGCUUCAUCAUUGACAACGCUCUCAUGAAGCACGCCAAGAGCCACAUGGUCGUGAUGCACCCCCUGCCCAGGAAUGCAGAGAUCGCCGAGGAGGUUGAUUUCGACCAGCGGGCGGCUUAUUUCAGACAGAUGAGAUAUGGCCUUUACUGCCGCAUGGCUCUGCUUGCGUUGAUCCUGGCACCAUAG